ACGCUUUUUUGUGCGCGCGAAUUAUUGAUGUGUUGGCCGACGUGCCCUUCUACCCUGAAAUGGAUUCCACCCUUCAGCGCUACCAGGAUCUGAGCAUGUGUUUACUAAACAAGACGGAGUGGACGCUCGUGUACAGAAAUUUCUACGAAGACUUGUACUUCGGUGGCGUAAAAUGCAUCAAGUUUCAUUACCUCGAGCUCAACGUGGACAACACCGUGAAGACUAUCUCGGACACAGGCGGAAGCGUCCCAAGCCAAGUGGUCGGCCUUGGUUCAUCGUCCAACUACACAGCCGAGAACCUAAUAUUUAUUAAAGCUGGAAAAUUAAACGCCACUGUACAAGUACACGUCAUCUAUAGAGACUGUCAAAAGUGCGUCGUCCUGAGGCACCCUUAUGCAAAUAGAGGUUACGGGUGCACCUACUGGCGUAGUAGCGACUCGUUGCGUCAGCAAGCCGAGGGUUGCGAGUUCAUCUACGAUGAACUCUGCGGAACAGUACCAAAGUACCGCAUUUACGAUCCAACGUGCACGCCAGAGAACUUCGUUGUACUCUCAUGGGAGCGUGUAGAACCGCCGCCGACACCGCAACCACCAUGGACUCGACCAUCAAUUUGGCCGCCUCUGCUGCUUUUUCCAUUUGUACCACCUGGGCUCCCUUUACCACAUAUACCAACUGCGCCAACUGUACCACCUGUACCGCCUGUGACACCUACCCUCCCUAUGCCACCCACACUUACGCCACUAGGCAAAGAUCUGAAUAACCUAUGGAACCCAUGGAAAAUAUAGAAACCAUGGACGUCGUUGUGGGAGCGGUUGGGCAUUUUUUUGGUCAUGCCCCGGAACCAUCUGAAGCCGAGUUAUAUGUAGGAGGCGGUAAUCAACUGGUACUAAAGACAAAUAACUGCGUAAAAGAAUAAAUAAGGAAACCAUUCAGUUUCAAGCACGUGCUGUUGUAAGCGGUCACAGCAACGUGGCUAACAAGCAGGAUGUUAACAGGGGCUGUUCAAGCUCUGUGAAACAGUCGUCGAGGCUUAAGGGUAUGUAUACAGUCGCGCUCAAUGUCAGCUGCCACACGGCACACGUGG